AUGCGGGAUGAAUCAAAGACGACUUUUGAGUGGGUUUUGAGUACUUGGCUAGAGACAAUGGAAAGCAAAGAACCCCUGACUAUCAUAACCGAUCAAGAUCAAGCCAUGGUCGCGGCUAUUGAAUCACAACUUUCGAAUACAUCUCAAUUGUUAUGCUCAUGGCACAUUAGCAACAAAUUCCCCGAGAAACUUGCAACAUAUUACUCCAAGGAAAUGUUUAAAUUUGAUUUCAACAAUUGCAUCUAUCACUCUUUGACCGAAGUUGUGUUUGAGGAUCGGUGGAAGGCUUUGAUUUUGAAGUACAAUUUGGAAGGCAAUACACGGCUUCAAGGGUUAUAUGCUUUGAAGCAUAAGUGGGUCGAGGCUUACACAAGAAACACUUUUUCUGCAGAGGGUGCACAAAAAGCUUUGGAGAGGCAAUUCAUGCAUGUGAAAGACGAGGAUUACAAGACAUGUCAUAGAGGUCGCUGCAUGCAAAUGAAAACCGCUCUGGAGCACCACGCGGCUUCCAUUUAUACCAAAGAAAUGUUUCGCAGAUUUCAAGAACAAUUGGUUGAAUCAUCUAAGUACUUUGUGGAGAAAGAUAAAGAUCGGUCCUUGGAAGAUGUUGAAGACACAUUCUACAAAUGUUAUAGACCGUUGACGGGUGCUUCUCAGAGAACCACGUAUCUUGUAUCAUUCAACAAGGCGUCAUUAUGGGGUUCAUGCAUUUGUAGAAUGUAUGACCAUGUUGGCAUGCCAUGCCGUCACAUUAUUGCGGUCUUGACGAAGAGGUGUGUGGCAGAACUACCGGAACAUUUUGUGAAACGGCGUUGGACAAGGGACGCCAAUAGAGUUGAUGAAAAAUUUCCAUAUCACACGUCCGAAGUUGAAUCACCAUCUCAUGAAUUGAUUCCCACGGAAAGAUUUAACCACAUGACAUUACUUGCCAUGGCGUUUAGUCAUAGUUGCAUGGCACCGAAAGAGCGGUAUGAGUAUGCCGUUGGGGUUAUUAAUCAGGAAACAGAAAUACUUGAGAGCAUGCCCGUUGACGGGGUCGAAAAUGAAAGAGGUGAAUUCAAUCCAAAAACAACUCAAGAAAGUGGUGAGAAGCUGCAUGAGAGUGAAAUGGCCGACGGUUCGGAUGAUAAGUCAGUGUCACACGUCAGCAACUCAAUCUCGCACUCGGAAGAAAUGUUUGUUUCACCUACCUUUAGCGAGUUGGAGGAAGCAUGUCGUGAACUAGACGAACUUGUAGAAAUGUACGAAGCACCACCCCAAUCGGACGAAAUUUGUGAUUCACCUACUUUUAGCGAAUUGGAGGAAGCAUGUCGUGAGCUCAACGAAUUGGCACAGAUGUAUGAACCACCUCCCUAA